AUGACCUCCUGGACCUCGUUGCUAGUUGCCCUGGUGCUGCUCUGCUCUAGCACCCUCUGCUCCCUGGUCUGUGACCUGACUCAGGGUCUCCAGGAAGACUUCUCACUUUUGAACCAAGUAAGUACGUUUUCCCUGGUGCCAUGCCUGAAGGACAGGACCAACUUCAACUUCCCAAAGGAAGCCAUGGAGGGCAGCCACAUCCAGGGGGAGGAUGCCAAAGUCAUUGUUCAUGAAAUGCUCCAGCAAAUCUUCAACCUCUUCAGCCAGAAUGCUGCUCCUGCCACUUGGAAUCAUAUCCAGCUAAUGCAACUGCUCAUUGGAUUAAAUCAGCAGCUGGAAGAACUAGAAAGAUGCCUCGGGCAGAAUGUGGAGUGGGAAGAGCCUUCCUUGGAGAGUGAGAGCCUCAGGCUGGCCCUGAAGAGCUACUUCAGAGGGAUAAGUCAGUACCUGCAAGGAAAAAAGUACAGCCGCUGUGCCUGGGAGAUCCUACGAGUAGAGAUCAGGAGGGUCUUUCUGUUCAUGAGUAAACUGACAAGAAAACUCAGAGAAUGA